GUGCUCACCAGGCGAGGCCAUCCCAAUCUUCUGUGGAAUUCCAGAAGGAUUCAACCAUGGAUGUUGGUGACCUGCACGAAAACGACGAGUCACCCCCUUGGAUGUCCCAAUUGUUCAAGGAAUUGGAUUUGGAGGUCGAUGAGGAGAAUCUUUGUUCCACUGACAAGAUGACUAAAAAUGACGCACAUUCUAUCAAAAAAGAUGAUAAUUCUCAAAAGUUGGGUAUCGGUUCUUCUGAUAAGGAGCGUCCAGAAUGCAAGCAUCCUGCUGUUUAUGCUCUUAUUCCUCUGCGGAAGGACGAAGAGAAACGAGAGGAGUCUAUGACUGACCCAGAUGAUUAUUUAACAGGUUGCCAUACUCACAACACUACUGGUACUUGUUUUGGAAGCUCCACAUGUCCUUGGUCCAACAGAACUCUUCCAGCCCCCCAUUCCCGCCCUUUAAUUGGGGCGCGAUAUCUUCUAUCCGAUGAGGAAGCAAAGGAGUACUAUAGGACGAAAAAGAGACUUACAUACCGACGGAGACCUCAAAGUGGAAUGGAGCCGAUGAUUGAGGAAUGCUUGCUUGCUUUCAGGAAUUAUGUUAAGAAUAAUAGUCUUGAGGACACUGAGCACAGGUUCAGAGAACUUGUCUACCAUUGUGCCACCGUUCAUGUUGAGGACAAGAUAUAUCAGCACUUCAAUUUCAUUAUCGAGACAAAACUUCUGAAUUCUGAUAUUUGGACACCAAAACUUUAUUUUGCUGAGGUAAAGGAGUUGUCUACUGGCAAGUACUAUUUCUGCUGCCCACUGGAGGCAAGUGAUAGUGGUGACUGUUAUCAAUGCGAGAGACAACAAUUGGUGGAUGGCCUACAACAUCCUGACAGUGGUGGUUACAAGCAUGGAUAUUCUACGGAUUAUGACAUUUGUAUAGGUUACUCUUCAUCAGAUUCAUAUUCGGACAAGGACGAGGACAAGUUAUCAUUAUCAGUGUGGGAAGAUCAUUGGCUCAUGUACGUCAACUGAAUCAACUGGACGUCGAUGGGUGUGUGUUGGUAAUCCAUUAGGUAUUCUCUCGAUGAGAGAGAGAAAGAGUGAAGACAUACACAUGGGUGCGCUCCACGGC